AUGGAACAUCUUCAGAAAUGCUUUCUCAAGUCGACAAAUUGGAAUGAGGACAAUAUAUUUUCAAACAUAACAGCUACUUCUCAAGCGCUCCUAGAUUUCCCUAUACCCAAUGGCUUUAAAAUCGAUACAUCUUCCAAAACAACAGACUUUCUGGCAUCUUCAUUUACACUAUCUAAUUUCCAUCAAAUCAACGGGUCGAUUGCUUAUCUAUACUCGCUGAAACCAUUGACUAAUAUUAUGGGGACAAAGGAGAUUUCGUUGCAAGAUGCUAUUGCAGGCUUUAGAAUGAUUGAGCCAUUAAUGGUGUUGCGGAAUCAAAAAGUGCAAGAACUGAACUUGAAGAAAAGAAGGUGGCACAAUACCGAAAAGAGCAAUAAAAAGCAUCUGCUUUUAUACGGGCGAAUGUACUUUCCUGGAUCCACUUUAGAGGCAAUGAUUAUCAAGCGCAUUACUGAAAAUACUCAAUUAUUGAUAAAGUGCGUGAACAAUCCGCAUCUAGAUAAGAAUGGAACUAUGAUUGUUUACUUGCAAAACAACACUGCGAAAUAUCUGCGAGAGCUCAUAUAUUCCACCAAUGAAUCCUUGAUUGGGCUCCGUUGUUUGUACAACUUGGGUAACAGUAUAGCUAAAAAUAAAAAUCCCAAUUUGAUUCCCAAAUUUGACAAUUCGGUAGUUUCUGUUGGUACAGAGUUGUGGUUUGCGGCAAGGACGAUGAGCCCGGGAUUGUCCUCUGCGUUAAGGUAUUCAACAAGAUCAACAGCAACAGGUAAACCAUUAACAAUGACUCUUGCCGUAAACCCCAUCCUUGGACACAUCUCAUCCACUUAUACUGUGAAAACUUCGGUGGCUUCUACCUUUUGCUCCAAAUACGACUUCAAUUUCUUUUCGUAUGCUAGUAAUUUGUCCCUUGGCUUUGAAUUGUACAGUUACGCACGAAAGAAUGCUGCAGGGAACGCUAUAUCAUCAUUAUCGCGAUCGAAUCACUACGCAUUUGCACCACAACACAUCAAAAAGGGGAAGAGCUUAGAGGAAGGACAACACCCUGUUCAAGUCAAAUUGUACAAGCCUUAUUCUAGUAUCAACAACGAUGCACGAGAGACAAAUGUUUACAAUGACCGGUUUCCUUCAAAGGUACCAGCAGUCAUAGAGAAACGAAGUGAAGAUCUCAAUCUCAGAACCAAUGAGACCGUUACUACUGCUUUUCAAAAUCUAGUGAACGAAAGUGAUUUCUCUAGUGUUUUGAAAGUGUCAACUAGUUUACGAGAUAAAACAGUAAAAUUGCUUUGGGAAGGCAGGGUUCAGGAUUUCUUAGUCAGCACUGGUGUCAGAAUUUCUUUGAACUCGCUAACCAACACGCCUGAACUCAAUAAAUUUGGUAUAACAUUCUCAUAUGCCUUCUAA